AUGCAGUCGCUCCGCGUGCUCCUUCUGCUGCUUGCCGUCCUCUGCGUCGCGGGCAUCGGCGCCAACGAGCAGAGCGUGACCGUCGACCAUGGCCCGCUGGCCUUCUUUGACCGCCUGCACCACGUCCAGCACCAGCUCCGGCGCCAGGUCCUGCUCCGGGUCCUCGUCCAGGCCCUGCGCCAGGUCCUGCUCCAGGUCCCGCCCCUGGUCCUCGCCCCGGUCCCGCACCCGGCCCAGCACCCGGCCCAGGCCCUCGCCCCGUACCCGCGCCUGUGCCAGCGUCCGGUCCCCGCCCGAUCGCGCCCGCCGUGGCCGCGAGCCAGCCGAUGCCCAACCAAGGCAUGCGCCCAAUGCCGCCGCCGAUGA